AAUGUUACAAAAUUUUAUGACACGGCAGUGUUAUUUCACUGAUGUUUACGAAAAUCUGAAUUAAAAAAAAAAUGACCGAUUGUGAUGAAGUAUCGUCGGCACUUCCGGAGAAUCCGUUCACCGGAAUGCAUAUUGCUGAUACGGAAUUUUUGAAAAAAGUCGAGGGACGCAGUUCUUGCACCGUCUGUGGAAAAUCGCGGAAAUUCUUUUGUUACCAUUGCUAUGUUCCGGUGGCCGCUCUUCAGAACAAGCUCUCCUUCGUACAGUUGCCUAUCAAAAUCGACAUCAUCAAGCACAAAAACGAAAUCGAAGGAAAAAGCACAGCGAUCCAUGCAGCGAUUCUUGCGCCGGAGGAUGUCAAAAUUUACACGUACCCCGACAUUCCGGACUACAGGGAAGAAGAAGGCGCCGUAUUGAUUUUUCCAACACCAGACGCCGUGACCGUGUCCAGUCUGUGCAGUGGAGAGCUUCCAAAAGUCAAAGACAACUACGGACUUCCGAGGGGGCAUCAUAUCGGAACUUUGCUGCGUUGUCGUCUGACGGACAUAACGGCAGAACAGACACCUUCUAGCGAAGCAGACCCGUGCCGGCAAACACUGGCGCAUAAAUUACCCGUUCGGAAGGCGGUGUUCAUCGACAGCACCUGGAGUCAAUGUCGAGGAAUUUACAAAAACGAAAAGGUUGCUUGUCUGCGGACGGUCGUUAUCCAGAAUAGGAUCUCGCAAUUCUGGCGGCACCAGAAGAACAGCCCUCGGUGGUUUCUGGCAACGAUCGAGGCGGUUCAUCAAUUCCUAAUUGAACUCCACAUCAACGCUUACGGACUGGACUCGCAAUACAAAGGAUUAACGCAUUUAGGUUAUUUGAAUUUCCCACACGAGAAAGUAGUCCAGUGUGUGGAGGGAAAACCUCCGCCCUAUAAUGGACAGUAUGAUAAUUUACUGUUCUUUUUCCUUCACAUGUACAAUCUGAUACAUGACUAUUAUGAGCACCAUACGCUUCGGGCAUACCGUAGGCCAUUGUUUCUUGAAGAUAAAUAUCAGAAGCAGCUAAAGGAAAAACAAAAAGAGACACAAACUGUGGAAACCCCAAAAUCAUUGUGAUUUCAUGAGAAUGAAAUGUUAAAUAAACCAAUGAGCCUUUAACAGAA